GCAACAAGCUACUGUCGUCCGAUACAGCUCCUCCCCUCCUGGUGACAUUUACCCCGCUGUCCUGUAUCAUUGUACCAGAACAGUUCCAGCUUCCAGAGCUUCCCCUCUUUUUGAUCUUCCGUCCGAUCAUCAACUUGAAACAUCCGACUUGAACUGACCAAGCUUUUACAGACUCACAGCUUAUCUAUCUUUACUCCAUUCUCGUUUUGUUUGUCCGACCUCGUUACUUACCCCUCUUCCACUUCCGGUUCCAACUCUAUUCCGACACCUUCGACGUCCAUCGCAAACCCCAACAACUCUCCCCGACCAACAACCCAAACAACCCAGACCAACCAUACCAACCGCAACAAUGGUCGACCGUGGCCGUAAGCCCUCCGCCCUAGCCUCCACCCCCGGCCUGCCCCCGCAACCCCAAGUCGCCUUCUCUGCGGACAACUCUCGUGUGACCGCCACUCUUCCCACCGGCGAGAGCGUCUCGGUCCUGCUGUACGGCGCCACCGUCGUCAGCUGGAAGGACAAGAACGGCGAUGAGAAGCUGUGGCUGAGCGAGGCGGCCAAGUUGGAUGGGAGUAAGCCUGUGAGGGGCGGAAUUCCCUUGGUUUUCCCGGUCUUCGGAACAGCCCCCGGCCACGCUCAAACCAAGGAGCUACCCCAGCACGGCUUCGCCCGCUCGUCGCGGUGGGAGUUCCUGGGCAAGUCCACUUCGGAAUCGACGCCCACUCCCACCACCCCGGCCUUUGCUGCGACGGCCACUAGCGCUGCCGGAGCGGUGGCGGCGGCGGCGGCGGAUUUGAGCGUCAAGCUGGACUUUGGACUGAGCUCUUCGGGCUUGAGCGAGGACGCCAGGGCAAAGUGGCCGUAUGCGUUUAAUGCGAUUUACAGCGUCACGCUGAACACGGAUAGUCUGACGACCAACUUGGUGAUUACCAAUGACGACGAGAGGAGUUGGGAGUGUCAGAUGUUGAUGCAUACAUAUCUCAGAGUUAACGACAUCACCUCCGUCUCCAUCCACGGCCUCGAAAACGCCUCCUUCGUCGACAAAACCACCUCCCCCAUCUCCACCAGCACGCAAAUCACCUCGGCGCUAACCAUCUCCUCCGAGACCGACCGCGUCUACACCCCCGCCGGCGACGACCCCGCGUCCAUCCCCAUCACCGUUUUCGAAGGUGACCAACCCAAGUACACUGUUCUGCGGGACAACCUUGCCAACGUGGUGGUCUGGAACCCCUGGAUCGAAAAGGCGCAAGGUAUGGCGGACUUUGAGCCCAAGGACGGGUACAAGAACAUGUUGUGCGUGGAACCGGGGGCGGUGGCUACGUGGCAGGUGUUGGAGCCGGGGGAUGCGCUUGAGGGGGCGCAGACGAUUGUUUUGGGUGGGAAGCAGAAUUGAACCGAGGGUGCGUGGGUGCGGGUGCUGAGGGCAGAGCGGGCUAGAGAAGGGAUGAAGGGGAGGUUAUAACAUCAAGACAAGGGGAUGGAAGUGGUAAUUGGAUUAAAGUGGGAAACGGAGGAUGUACAUGAAUGAUGAUAAGUGAUGACGAUGAAUAUGUGGCAGAAGAUGACGGAGAUAGUCUUGUAGCUGUGGGGGCAGCCAGUUUUGCUGGAUAAAUAGACAGACAGAGACGGCAAUGAUUAUAGUAGCUGGACAAGAGCUCACGUAUUGGAAGUGAAAGACGUGAUGAGUGAUGGCAAUGACUGAGAGAGGCUUGCAUCAAUACAGCCACCAUUUUCACCACAUUGGUUUUACUUG